AUGGCAGACAUCACCUUCAUCCCAGCCUCAGACAUCGACAAGGUCUUCGCGCACACGACCAACCUCGCCUCCGCCGCCCUGAACAGCAAAGUCCUCGCCUGCUCAAACGACUACUUCGCCGCCGCUUCCAACCUCCUCACCCCGACACCCCCCAUCAACCGCCCCGGCGUCUUCAUCCACACAGGCGCCUGGUAUGACGGCUGGGAAACCCGCCGACACAACCCCGACCCCUACGACUGGGUCGUGAUCAAGCUCGGCGUCGCCAGCGGCUCCAUCCAAGGCGUCGAAGUCGACACGGGCUUCUUCGUCGGCAACUACGGCGAAAAGGCCGAGCUCCAGGCCACCUAUGCCCCCGGCGUCAGCGACGCCGAUAUCGCUGACCCCAGCUACAGCGGGUGGACGACGAUUCUCCCGCCACAGGAAUGCGGGCCGUCACAGCGCCGCGCGUGGAAGCUGAACAGCUACGAUGCUGCUAACCCGACGCCGUACACGCACGUGCGGCUGCUGAUGUACCCGGAUGGUGGGUUCGGCCGGCUUCGACUGUAUGGCCAUGCUAUCCCGCCCACUCUUGAGUCUACGUCGCAGGAUCAGAGCGAGUUACCGGCGGAAGAACUAUCCUCUGCGCUCUUGGGUGGUCUCGCACUCGGCGCCUCAGACCAGCACUACACGCCCUGCAGCAACUUGCUCCUCCCCGGCCGCGGAAAGGACAUGGGCGAUGGCUGGGAAACAGCCCGAUCCCGCGCCAAGGGCCACGUCGACUGGGCUAUCGUCAAGCUUGGACUACCCGGUUCCGUGUCAAAGGUCAUUGUCGACACGAAGGAUUUCCGCGGUAACUUCCCCCGCGCGGUGCGGGUUCACGGACUAGCCGCGGGCUCUGUUGGUAGUGAUGAGAUUCCUGCGCAUGACCAUGCAGGAUGGACGGAGAUUGUCAAGGGUGAUAGGCCUUGCCAGGCGGACACGGAACAUGUUUUUGAGGGCGCGGAUCUUGCUGCUGAUACGAGGACUUUCACUCAUGUCAAGCUUACUCUUGUGCCAGAUGGAGGAGUCAAGCGGUUCCGUGUUUUUGGAAAGAGGGAUAUCUUUGCUAAAAAAUAA